GAACAAGGACAAAUACGCGUUCAACAAGCUGUGGCCCCUCGAGAACCUCAUCUACGUCUGCCGCGCCGAUUUCGCGAACCGCAUCCCCGUCCGGCUGAUGGAUUCGCUGUACUGUAAUUUGAUAGGCUCCGAUCCGGCCGGCGAGCGCCCGCACAUCUUCCGGUUGACGCCGAAACGAGCCGGGCCUGCCUGGGCCCAAUCGCUCGCCCCUGUUCGUUGGAUCGUCGCGUUGCUGAGUAAUGAGCCGACACUGAUCAGCGAGCAAGACUACACGACAUUCCGCCACGACGUGCGUAGGCGUUUCGGGUCGACCCGGGUUGAUGCACGGCUCGCCCCCACGCGGGCAUACAUCGAGAUUGCUACAAAUACGGCUAAUACUUUUGGUCGUGUGUGCUCGUGGUUGGUGACGAUGGAUCAGUACGAUUUGCCGGCCGGCAUCCGCGAACAACAAUAUGAGGAGAGACUCAUCUCUGCCUCAACCUACGCCCGACAGCGGUCCACGAGAAGCCGAAAACCCGAGGAGAGUCACUCGGCCCAACUGCUGUGCAUAUCGGCCAUCUCUGCCCUCAGCGCCCUCGCAGCCAUCGCUGCCUGGCGACAUUUUAAA